AAAAUUUUUUGUAGAAAAAAUUUGUAUAGAAUAUCGUAUUGAUAAAAUAAUUAUAAAACAAAGAAAGUUGGAACAUAUAACAUUUUAGAAUAUUAGAAAAAUAGAAAAAAGUACUUAUGUUACUUUUUCAAAUGUUCUUAGUGUUCGCCAUGCUUUGCUUAUUCAUCGCCAUUUCAAUAUCGAUGUCCGCAAUAAUUUGUGAUAAUGUUUUGCAUAUGAAUGGAUCGCGGACACGUCAAAUGUUAUUUUUCACGUCCGAGUAUUUCAUCGAUCAAGAAAAGUAUGGCUAUAUAAUUUUGUUGCAUUCAAAUGCAGUCUUAUAUAUAGGAAUAACUACGGUAACAGCGAUCGGGACAAUGCUUAGAGGAUACUUUAUACACGCUUGUGGAUUGUUUAAAAUUGCCAGUUAUCGUAUCGAGCAAGCGUUGGCCAUUAAAAUAGUCAAAAAUAUCAGUAUAGAAAACGAGAUGAUGAUUUAUAAGGAAAUAAUUUGUGCUAUCGACAUUCAUUGCAAAGCUAUAAAGUUGGUAUUCUAUCCAUAGCAAAAAUGCAAGACUUUUAGUUUUUUAUCAAUAUAUAGGGUAAGUUAGGGUAUAAUGACCAUACGAAAAAGAUGGUCAUAAUUUCUUCAAUAAUUGCUAAAUAAUGUGUUCUUGUAAUUGUUUUCAAAGAUAAUCAAUAUUUACUGUAGUUUAUGUGCAUAUACUAUUCGAAAUAACGAUAUUGUGGAUGUCAUAUCACGUUUUUACUUUUGAAUGCCUGUAAAGUUUUUCACGUGUUCGUGAAUUCACGUCAUUCAAUUUCACGUCAUUAGAAAUUGCCAUAAUGUCGAAUAAAUUAUAGUUGUGCUGUCGCAAUAAAUGUUACCCAUGUAACAAAAGUAUGUAAAUUGUAAUGUGUUAUUAUAUUUUUUAUUUCCUUUUCUAUUUUUUAAAUAAAUACUAUGAUUAUCUUUCUUUCACAGUUUGGGCAAAAUAGCCCAUGACAUUUCGGGAUAAGUGUUUAUGUAUAUAUUUUAUUAAAAAAGACGAGAAUUAAGUUGUACACUUAAUAUUUUAAUUUGACAUAUCAUAUAUUUUUUUAGUAGUGAGAAUGAGUUAAAUUGAUGUGAACUUAUAUGAACUUAUGUGAACAUUUAAUAUUAAAAAUGUUUAAAAAUAAAAUUAAAUAUGUGAUAAUAUGUGACAAUAAAACUAAAUAUGUAAAAUUAUAAGUUUUUUUAUUAUUCUAUAAAUAUUAAGUAUAAAAUAAAAAUGUAUAGCCCACUGUUCUAUAAUACUAUGGCCAUCUUUUCCCUGAAAGUUGUGAAAGAUGGUCAAUGUUCAUAUUUCAAUAUUUUUAUAAUAAAAAAUUUUUAUUAAGUAUUUUCUCUUUAAUGUCGAUAGUUUUACAUACUUAAAGCUUCGGUGAAGUAAUAUACCAAACAUUAUUUAAAAAAAAUAAAAAUCAAAAUGUUUUUUGCAUUUAAAAAAACUAUGGCCAUCUUACCCGAGUUUACCCUAAAAAUAAAUAUUUCGUAUUUUGCUUUCUCAUAGAAGAAGCUUUGUUUUGGUAUAAAAAUUUUUUAGUUAUUCUUGCCAAUGUGUCCAGAAUGUUCUUAAACGUCGUAAAAACGCAAUUUUAAAAAAAUGUCGAUGUGUGUGUGUGUGUGUGUGUGUGUGUGUGUGUGUCAUGGGUGGAAAAGACUGAAGAUUUUCAUAGAUUAAAAAAAAAUGCUAUUAAUUAAUUCUAAAUUGUUAAAAAACAUCAUUUUGAGAAGUCUUAAUUAUUGAAACUUUGAAAUGUAGCCCAUAAAAAAUUAAGGAGGUGUGUGUUUGUGCGUGUGUGUGUGCGCUUGUGUGUGUGUGUGUGUGUGUGUGUGUGUGUGUGUGUACGUCACGCACAAAAACUACCUGGAAGGAAAAUAUUCCAGCUGUGCGUAAACGCAGUUUCUCUUACCC